GGAGGCGGUGCCGCUGACCCGCGGCUGUCCUCAGCCUGAGCCUCGGGGUGCCUCGGACUCGGGGAUGGGAACAGAGGAUGCGGGAGCGGCGCUCCGAGGCCACGAGGGCCUAAGAGUGGCGACUGGACCGCUGUGGGCGGCAGCCGGUUGCGCCGCAGCCGCGUGAGGUGGAUUCGGGAAUCAGCCGCAGCGCCAGCAGGACCCGCCGGCCGCCGGAGCGAGCGGUGGAAAAGGCUUAGCAGGCCUGGCGCGCUGCUUCCCCAGUGCGCGAGUCGCAGCCUCCUCUAACAGCGGCGGUCGCUCGGAGGGCAUUCGAAACGUGGCGCGAUGAGGAGCCGGAGUAACUCGGGGGUCCGCCUGGAUGGCUAUGCUCGGCUGGUGCAUCAGACCAUCCUGUGCCAUCAGAAUCCAGUGACAGGCUUGCUUCCAGCAAGCUAUGAUCAGAAAGAUGCCUGGGUCCGAGAUAAUGUGUACAGCAUCUUGGCUGUGUGGGGUUUGGGGCUGGCCUAUCGGAAGAAUGCAGACCGUGAUGAGGACAAGGCAAAGGCCUACGAACUGGAGCAGAGUGUAGUGAAGCUAAUGAGGGGACUGCUGCACUGCAUGAUCAGACAGGUUGAUAAAGUAGAGUCCUUUAAGUACAGUCAGAGCACUAAGGAUAGCCUCCAUGCCAAGUACAACACCAAAACUUGCGCCACUGUAGUGGGUGAUGACCAGUGGGGACACCUGCAGUUGGAUGCUACUUCUGUGUACCUGCUGUUCCUAGCACAAAUGACUGCCUCAGGACUCCACAUCAUCCACAGCCUAGAUGAAGUCAAUUUUAUACAGAACCUUGUGUUUUAUAUUGAAGCUGCAUAUAAAACUGCUGACUUUGGGAUAUGGGAACGUGGAGACAAGACCAACCAAGGAAUCUCAGAAUUGAAUGCCAGUUCAGUUGGAAUGGCCAAGGCAGCCCUGGAAGCACUGGAUGAAUUAGACUUAUUUGGUGUGAAGGGUGGGCCCCAAUCAGUUAUCCAUGUCCUGGCAGAUGAAGUACAACACUGCCAGUCUAUCCUGAAUUCACUACUGCCCCGAGCCUCAACAUCCAAAGAAGUUGAUGCUAGUCUGCUCUCAGUGAUCUCCUUCCCUGCCUUUGCUGUAGAGGACAGCCAGUUGGUAGAGCUCACGAAACAAGAGAUCAUCACCAAGCUUCAGGGUCGUUAUGGUUGUUGCCGUUUUUUACGAGAUGGAUAUAAAACUCCUAAAGAGGAUCCCAAUCGUCUGUACUAUGAACCAGCUGAGCUGAAGCUAUUUGAAAACAUUGAGUGUGAAUGGCCGUUAUUCUGGACAUACUUUAUCCUUGAUGGAAUCUUCAGUGGCAAUGUAGAACAGGUUCAAGAAUAUAGAGAGGCUCUUGAUGCAGUCCUCAUCAAGGGCAAAAAUGGAGUUCCACUUCUUCCAGAGCUCUACAGUGUUCCUCCAGACAGGGUUGAUGAAGAGUAUCAAAAUCCUCACACCGUGGACCGAGUCCCUAUGGGGAAAUUGCCUCACAUGUGGGGUCAGUCUCUCUAUAUUUUAGGAAACUUGAUGGCAGAGGGAUUUUUAGCUCCUGGAGAAAUUGAUCCCCUGAACCGUAGGUUUUCUACUGUACCAAAGCCAGAUGUUGUGGUUCAAGUCUCCAUUCUGGCUGAAACGGAAGAAAUCAAGGCCAUUUUAAAGGACAAGGGAAUUGAUGUGGAGACCAUUGCUGAGGUGUACCCCAUCAGAGUACAGCCAGCUCGGAUUCUCAGCCACAUUUAUUCCAGUCUAGGAUGCAAUAGUAGAAUGAAACUCAGCGGACGACCCUACAGACUCAUGGGAGUGCUUGGAACAUCCAAACUGUAUGACAUUCGGAAAACUAUCUUUACUUUCACUCCACAGUUUAUAGACCAGCAACAAUUCUACCUGGCUCUGGACAACAAGAUGAUAGUAGAAAUGCUCAGAACAGAUCUUUCCUACCUCUGUAGCCGCUGGAGGAUGACAGGCCAGCCUACCAUUACCUUCCCUGUUUCACACACCAUGCUUGAUGAAGAUGGAACCAGCUUGAAUUCAAGUAUCUUUGCAGCACUCAGAAAAAUGCAAGAUGGAUAUUUUGGCGGAGCAAGGAUUCAAACAGGUAAAUUGUCAGAGUUUUUGACAACAUCUUGCUGUACACACUUAAGCUUCAUGGACCCAGGACCUGAGGGUAAGCUGUACAGCGAAGAUUAUGAUGAAGACUACGAUGAGCUGGAAUCUAGCAACUGGAUAGAUGGCUAUGAUUCAACCAGUAAUGCUCGCUGUGGUGAUGAAGUUGUUUGUUAUUUAGAUCACCUUUUGGCACACACUGCCCCCCAUCCUAAACUAGCUCCUACCUCACAGAAGGGAGGGGUAAAUCGAUUCCGAGCUGCUGUGCAAACAACCUGCGACUUAAUGUCCUUGGUGACCAAGGCCAAGGAGCUGCAUGUACAGAAUGUUCACAUGUAUCUUCCUACAAAGUUAUUUCAGUCUUCUCGUCCUUCAUUCAACUUACUUGACUCACCUCAAUCUCCACAGGAUAACCAGGUUCCUUCUGUUCGUGUAGAGAUACAUAUUCCUAGAGACCAGUCUGGGGAGGUGGACUUCCAAGCACUGGUUUCACAGUUGAAGGAGACCUCAAGUUUGCAGGAACAAGCUGAUAUACUCUAUAUGCUAUAUACGAUGAAGGGACCUGACUGGGACACCGAAUUGUACAAAGAAGGGGGUGCUACAGUCAGAGAGCUUCUUAGUGAACUGUAUUGCAAAGUUGGAGAAAUUCGGCACUGGGGCCUGAUCCGAUACAUCUCUGGGAUCCUAAGGAAAAAGGUGGAGGCACUUGAUGAGGCCUGCACCGACCUUCUCUCCUAUCAAAAACAUCUAACAGUAGGACUUCCUCCAGAACCUCGAGAGAAGACCAUCUCUGCGCCUCUGCCAUAUGAGGCACUGACUCAGCUGAUAGAGGAAGCCAGUGAAGGAGACAUGAGCAUUUCAAUCCUUACACAGGAAAUAAUGGUAUAUCUAGCCAUGUAUAUGAGAACUCAGCCUGGUCUCUUUGCUGAAAUGUUUCGUCUUCGAAUUGGUCUGAUCAUACAAGUUAUGUCAACAGAACUGGCCCACUCUCUUCGGUGUUCGGUUGAAGAAGCCACCGAGGGCCUGAUGAAUCUCAGUCCUUCAGCCAUGAAGAACCUCCUGCAUCACAUUCUCAGUGGCAAAGAGUUUGGAGUGGAACGAAGCGUUCGACCCACUGAUUCAAAUAUGAGUCCUGCUAUUUCUAUCCAUGAGAUUGGUGCUGUUGGAGCAACAAAAACAGAACGAACUGGGAUCAUGCAGUUAAAAAGUGAGGUAAAGCAGGUGGAAUUCCGUAGACUGUCUAUCUCGACUGAGAAUCAGGUGGAAUUCCAUAAACUGUCCAUCUCUGCUGAGAGUCAGUCCCCUGCAACCUGUAUUCCUGCAAGUUGUGGAUCCUUUCCUAGUACAUAUGGUCAACAGACAUCUAGAGAUAGUCGUCAAGGUCAGUGGCAACGCCGGAGAAGGCUGGAUGGAGCACUAAAUAGAGUCCCAAUUGGGUUUUAUCAAAAAGUCUGGAAAGUUUUGCAGAAGUGUCAUGGACUUUCUGUGGAAGGAUUUGUUCUUCCUUCUUCAACCACUAGGGAGAUGACUCCAGGUGAGAUUAAAUUCUCUGUCCAUGUGGAGUCUGUCCUGAAUCGUGUACCUCAGCCAGAGUACCGUCAGCUUCUGGUUGAAGCCAUCCUCGUCCUCACCAUGCUGGCAGAUAUUGAAAUUCAUAGCAUCGGAAGCAUCAUUGCUGUGGAAAAAAUAGUGCAUAUUGCCAAUGAUUUGUUCCUUCAAGAACAGAAAACCCUUGGCGCAGAUGAUAUCAUGUUGGCAAAGGAUCCCGCAUCUGGCAUCUGUACUCUUCUGUAUGACAGUGCACCCAGUGGCAGGUUUGGCACCAUGACCUACCUCUCCAAGGCAGCUGCCACCUACGUGCAGGAGUUUCUGCCACACAGCCUCUGUGCCAUGCAGUGAGAGAUUUGGAUCCUGGCUUCUAGGAUCCUUUCAACAGCUGAACUCUGUUGUGAUUGGUUGUGCAUGGAACUGAAAUGUUAACGCCUGAUCACUCCCCUAUGCCCCUUUCCUGCCCCUUGUCCCCCCAAGAAGAACUACUGUGAUAAUCUCACAGGUUUUGAAGAACAGAACCCUUUUCUGGAGGCUGGCCCACAGUGUGCAGGCUCAACCAGGCCUUUAGCUGCCGUCUCUGCUUCUUUCUUGGUUUAGAAAAGUCUGCAUGUGUUUUUAUUCUAUAGAUCUGUUACCAGCUUAGUUUUCGAACUCCUGUUUGGGGAGCAGGUAUUAAUAACUUAUUACUGAAGCUUGUUUUUCUUAGAUGUGGUUUUAUUGUGUAUGUGACUGCUGGGUAUUAGGCUAUUGUUUCAAGAGGGUAGACUUUGAAGCUGUUAGAUUUUAUGCUGCUGUCAGUUAGAAAUAUCUCCUUCAAGUGCCUUUACUUAGGAAAAGACAGCAGCAGAUCAUAGCUUUCUUCGUCACUCACAGGUUGCUUCCCUCUGAAUGAUGAAAUCAUCUCUCUUUAGAAGUACUGUCUCUGCUUUUAUCCUUUAUCUGCCACAAUGUCCACUCUGGUGAAAUAUUAAAAUGCAGGCUCACAUG